CGAAAUAUCCAGGUGGAUUUUAUUUAUUAAGACUUUCUUUACCAACUCUUCUUAAUUCUCUGCGUAUCAAAUCUGCUUAGCAGAAAGGAAAAAGAAUGUUUUGUAUGGGAAUUUUGGGGAUUUAGGGUUAGCUGAUAUUAACUUGUCUUUCGCCGAUGAUCGUUGCUGCUUCUGUAAUUUCUGAAGAUGCCUGAAGUGGUUUUGGGUUUGCCAGUUGAUCAAAACAAACCGUCGAUUUACAACAACGUCGUCGUUCAUGAAAAGAUGGACACCCAACCUAGUAGACGUCUAACAAAGUAUGAUAUGAGAGCAAGAUGGACAACAGCACUGACGGAGAAAUUUGCAACCUUGUUAAUAGAGCAAAUUAAUCAAGGGAAUAGAUCAAACAAUGUAUUCAGCAAAAAAGCAUGGAAGAUCGUGCGCAGUGAAUUCAAUAAACAGACUGGUAAUGAUUUUGAUAGGAAACAGCUGAAAAACCACCUUGAUGUCCUGAGAAAGCGCUACACAAUUACGAAGUCACUUAUUGAUCAGCCUGAGUUUCAGUGGGAUGAAUCUCAGGACAUGGUAAUAGCUGAUAAUGAAGUUUGGGCAAGAUGCAUUAAGGCCAAUCCAGAUGCUGAAUCGAUCAAAAUCAAAGGCUGUCCAGUUUUCAAACUGCUGUGCUUAGUGUUUUCCGAGACAGGAGUUGAUGGCCAAGAGUCUCUUUACAAGAUAAAACCAGCUGUUGAACAGGUGGAUAAUCAAUAUGAUCAACGUCAGUUCGAGCAAGACCAGGCGAGAGCUAGGUGGUCAGAAACCAUGGAUACGAUAUUUACAGAUUUGAUGGUUGAGCAGGUUCUUCAAGGAAAUAGGAAGAAUAACAUUUUUAACAAAAAAGCAUGGAAGUACAUUCACGAUGAAUUCAAUAGGCAAACAGGUCUGAGUUUCAAUCGCAAGCAACUGAAGAACCACCAUAAUGUUUUAAGGAGAAUUUAUGGUAAUGUCAGAUCACUUCUUGACAAGGAAGGAUUCCGUUGGGAUGAGGCCAAUUGCAUGGUUAUAGCCGAGAAUGAACUAUGGGAAAAAUCUGUCACGGGACAUCCUGAGGUGGAGACAAUUAGAAUUAAGGGCUGUCUUCUUUAUAAAAAGCUAUGCACAUUAUUCUCUGAAUCAGUGAAUGGGAGAUAUUCUCAGUCAAGCCAUGACUUCGAGUCAGACAAAGCGGUGGAUGGAAUUGACACAGCAUGGUCUUCAGAAGAAUCUCCUGAAACUGCAAACGUAUCUGAAAAUCCAGUAACGCAAUCACCAUCUGCACCAGAUGAAGUUACGUCACGUUCAGAUGGACAAAUCAGUAAGCGUCAAUUGGCAACAUUACCAUCUCCUUCAAGUAAUCAAAAGAAGGUCUGCAGAAGAGAUGACAAUGCUACUGUCAUAGAUGGAAUGAAAGAAAUGGGUUCAUCUUCAAGAUCAAGGUCAACUAUCACACCUUUUCAAAGUGGUGACCCGUUCUCUAUAUCUAACUGUGCGAAGACAUUGAAUGAGAUGCAAGGUGUUGAUGAAUUCCUCUACUUGGCUGCUAUGGAUUUGUUUGAAGAAGACCCAGUUAGGAGAGAAACAUUCAUAUCCAUCAGAAGUGAUAUCAGAUUGGCAUGGUUGAAGGGCAAGUGUAAUGCACCCUACAUGGAUAAUCAGCCCAGUCAGCAUCAGGCCAAGCAAGAUCGUUCGAGGACAAAGUGGACAGCGAACCUAGAUAAGAUAUUUGUGGACGUAAUCUUGGAGCAGGUUCUGUUGGGAAAUUGGUCCAACAAUGUUUUUAACAAGACAUCAUGGCAGUAUAUUUGUGACGAGUUCAAUAAACAAGCAGGUGUGGAGUUUAACAAGAAACAGUUAAAGAAACACUUGGAUGUUUUGAGAAAUAGGUACUAUACUGUGAAGUCACAGAUUGAUCAAAAUGCCUUCGGUGGUUUGGAAGGAUCAAGAAACGUAGUAAUGAGCUUAUUGACUGAGGAUGAAGUCUGGGAUAAUUAUAUGGAGACUUUUCCAGUGGGUGAGACGACAAAACUGAAGGAUUGUCCAAUAUAUGAUCAGCUAUGCCAAAUAUUCUCAGAGCCAUCAGGGAUUGGCAGAUAUGCCCAAUCAAGUCACUAUAUCGAGCUGGAUAACAAAGAGGCCGUUGCGACAGAAACACCUCAGCCACAGCCACUGCAGCAGUCCCAGCCCUGCCUUGUUACACCUGUAACAACUGCACUGGAUGAUUCAUCCCCACGAUCAGGAGUUGAUAUCAAGCCUGAAAGUAGGCGUAAACCUGUAACACCGUCAUCAAGUGCACGCCCUCGGAAGAAAAACCAUGUGUUUGAUGAUGCAAUAGCAGAAGCUAUGUUAGAUAUGGCAACUGCAUCAAAGUUGAGGGCAGAGGCAUUGCUUCAGAGUAAAAACCGCUUUUCUAUCUCUAAAUGUGUCAAAAUUUUGGAUGAAAUACCGGACCUUGACGAGACUUUCUACUUGAACGUUUUGAAUCUGUUCGAAAAUGCGGAUUUUAGAGAGAUAUUCAUCUCUUUAAAAAAAGAAAGAAGAUUGACAUGGUUGCUUGGCAAAUGUACUGGCCCUGGUUCUAGUGUGUGACUGACCUGUUUCGUAUUAUAGGUUUUAUUGUCAGUCUAUAUACUCUGUAGAACUGUAGGUAGCUCGUAGUUAACUUUGUACCUAUCCAUUUUCUUGAAUCUAUAGAUUAAAGCUUCCAAAUAAAGUUUUUUAAAUAUCUUCUAAUUA